AUGGAUGAAACUACUGCUGAAACAAGUACACAAACUGACGUCACUACCAUUGGUGAAUACACGACUGAAGAUAUUACAACUGAGCCAAUCACAACUAUGGAAGAAACUACUUCUGAAACAAGUACACAAACUGACGUCACUACCACCGUUGUACUCACGACUGAAGAUAGUAGAACUAAGCUAAUCACAACUAUGGAAGAAACUACUGCUGAAACAAGUACACAAACUGACGUCACUACCACUGCUGAAUACAUGACUGAAGAUAGUACAACUGAGAUAAUCACAACUAUGGAUGACACUACUGCUGAAACAAGUACACAAACUGACGUCACUACCACUGCUGAAUACACGACUGAAGAUAGUACAACUGAGCUAAUCACAACUAUGGAUGACACUACUGCUGAAACAAGUACACAAACUGACGUCACUACCACUGCUGAAUACACGACUGAAGAUAGUACAACUGAGUCAAUCACUACUAUGGAAGAAACUACUGCUGAAACAAGUACACAAACUGACGUCACUACCACUGCUGAAUACACGACUGAAGAUAGUACAACUGAGUCAAUCACUACUAUGAAAGAAACUACUGCUGAAACAAUUGCAUUGGUAAUAUUUGCAAAGCGAAUCAGACCUCAUUCGAUGAAACUCAAGGAGGAAACACGAAGAGAAAUCAUGGAAGAAGUUAUUCAGAAAUCUGAUAGUCGACUCAAUGUUGAAAGUGGUCGUUCCCCAUUCUUCACAUCGUUCAAGUAUCUUGGAGAUGACGUGUCCUCAAGUCACGACUUCGACGAUGAGUGGGUGAAUGAAAAGUCACAAAUAGCGACACCUAUCGAUGAAGUGUUUUAUCACGACGAGUUCUGGGGUAUUAGUAAUGGAGUGAAAGACGAAUUGACCCAGAAGGGUCAUGACGGUGCACACCUUUCAACGAAAGAAGUAGAAGUAAAUCGCCAGAGUUCUUUUCCAGUAGCGCGAAUAAAUGAAUCCAAGUUAAGAAGGCGAACCUAUGAUGAUAUAGAGAUGAGAAAUUUGCAUGAUGAAGAUGGUGACGACUUAUUGAAAAGUAACUCGGCGGAUGGUAAGCUUAAUGGAAAGAUGACAGAGUGGAACCCACAGGUAGACCAUAUUGAUCCAAAUGCAGAU